AUGGAAGUCUCCGACGAGCUCCAGUCGUUCGAGGCCACCGGCAUCUACCGCCUCAAUGGCACCGGAGCCGCCUUCAUCGACCCGGUCCGCCUCCUCAACGCGUCCUACCAGCGCUUCCGCGUCGCCCCUUCUGCGUACUACUCCAGAAGCUUCGGGCCGCCGCGUCAGGGAGGCGAUCCAGAGACCGAGCAGCCCGAGGAACGGAGGAAGCGCAAGCGUAAUCGGAAGCCGAAGCCCAGGGAGCUCAAUGCCAUGGAGCGGAUCGCUGAAGCGCGUCACCAGGAAGCGAGGCCUUUGCUAUUGAGCGCGCACAAAUCACUCCUUAAGACUAAAAAUCUACUGGAGUACCUUUCCAAGAUGAUCGAAGGCAAGGAGCAUACACUAGAUGCGGAAAGUGGUUCUGAGAAUAAUCUUGUUGAGCUUGGGAGCUCUUGGCGAGCACCUUUCUAUGAGAUCACUCUUUGCUUUCGGAAACCUAGUGGUCUGGGCAGUGAGGAAGGUCCCUUUCUUGUCCAAAGGACAUCCUCUCCACUAUUUACUAGGACAAUCAAUGUUGACGCUACUGAUGAAGCAGAAGGGGAAUUUCGAAAUAGGCGCUAUAUUUUCCCAAGAGGAAGUUGCUUCUUGAUGACCGACUUCAGACAUGUUCGUGAUCUCAUUCCUGGUAAUCCUAAUCAAGGGUAUAACCUUAUAGUUAUUGACCCACCUUGGGAGAAUGGAUGUGUUCGUCAGAAAGAAUCGUAUCCUACACUUCCCAACAGAUAUUUGCUGUAUCUUCCAGUGCAAGAACUUGCCCAUCCAGCUGGAGCCCUUCUUGUUUUGUGGAUUACAAAUAGGGAGAAACUCCGGAUGUUUAUUGAGAAAGAAUUGCUUCCUUCUUGGGGGGUGAAAGAUCCCACUGUGUUUUACUGGCUUAAGGUGAAACCUGAUGGUUCUCUAAUUGGUGAUCUGGACUUGUUCCAUCACAGGCCUUAUGAGUGCCUCCUUCUUGGCUACAUAAAUGUUAGCACAGAUGCUAAGCAAGGAUCAAACUUAAAGUUGCUGGAAGGAAGCCAAGUAAUUAUGAGUGUUCCGGGUGCUCACUCAAGGAAACCUCCCCUUCAGAAAUUACUUUCAGAAUAUAUCCCAGGUCCUAAACCUCCAAGGUGCAUUGAACUUUUUGCCAGAGAGUUGUUUUCUGGAUGGACCUCAUGGGGAAAUGAGCCACUCUAUUUUCAGGAUUCCAUAUACUUCUCAGAGAAUUACAUUUGCAAGUGGUUCUUCAAGGACUACAUCUGCAGAACACCUGUCGAAUCAAACCACUGCGCGCGGCCGCGCUCCCAGCCACUGCAAAUGCCAGGCGUCAGGUCGGAGUCUCCGGCGAGCCCCGCUCCAGAGCUCCGCCGCAUCCGGACGGGCCUCCCCACCGCUUCAUCCAAGGUUGCCAGUGCCAGAGCCAAGGCGUCGGCCAACCUGAAGGCGAAGAGAGCGGAGGAUCAAGAGAAGCGGGGCAAGAGUGGCAGAGGGGAGAAUGGUAGGCUCGUCCCGUCAGCGAGGCGUAGGAGCCCGCCGCCACCGGCAGUCGGCACGGAGGCCGGGAGGACGAGGUGUUCCUGGAUCACUGCGAACUCGGACCCCCUCUAUGUUGCAUUCCAUGACGAAGAAUGGGGAGUUCCAGUUCAUGAUGACCAAAAGCUGUUCGAGCUGCUUACGUUAUCGCAAGUCUUAGCUGAACUUACCUGGUCUGCUAUUUUGAGCAAGAGGGAGGAAUUCAGGGAGAUGUUUGAUGAUUUCAACUUCGCAUCCAUAUCUGAGUUGACGGAGAAGAAGAUAAACCUGAGAUCAAGUGGAAGCAUGCUGUUGUCGGAGCAAAAGAUACGAGCUGUUGUAACAAAUGCCAAGCAAAUGCAGAAGGUAGUUCAGGAAUUCGGAUCGUUCAGCAACUACUGUUGGAGCUUUGUGAACCACAGGCCCAUCACAAACAGCUUCCGCUAUGCUCGCCAAGUACCUAGAAAGACGCCCAAAGCUGAAGCCAUAAGCAAGGACUUGAUGCGCCGAGGCUUCCAAUGUGUUGGCCCUACAACGGUCUACUCCUUCAUGCAAGUUUCCGGGAUCGUCAACGACCAUAUAUCAUGCUGCUUCAGAUUUCAGACUUGCAUCCAGCACAAAACCAAUGAAUAGAAUGUGGGAGCCGAGCCAGCAUUGCCGGACAGAAGGUUGAGCUCACUACCCUCUUCAGAGGAUUCAGACAUCAGGGAGGUGUAGCUAAUCACUGAAUUUAGCCUGAAUCGUCUCAGGACUCGAGAACUUAAUGAUUCCUACCUUCCAGGUGUGCUUGUUUUUGUCUGUGAUAGCCAUGACAUUUGACAGUGCAUUGAGAGGUCACUGAAUAAGUGGUGUAUAUAUUGUAUAAAUUUGUGCAAGUUUCUGGUGUGGUGUGCUUUCUCACAUGUAUUGCAAAAUGCAUAUUGAUUGGCCUUGAUGCAAAGUGACUCCUGUUUUGUGGUUUUCUGAAUGUACGGUGUCUGGUGUGUAUGUACA